UGGACCAGCCUCGGAGGCGUAGCUCUUCUGAGUAUCAAGCAAGUGCAGAACAAGGAACAUGCUCAGAUUCAUUCAAGGAGGCGGAGGGUAGCGCACACAAGUUUGUCGUAGUGGAGUUGAAGUUAUCCUUCAGCAACAAACAAACCCGUUGUUUAAAAGAAGAUAUUUCAGCGAGGGAUCAGGAAUCAAAAACAGGAUCUAUCCCAGUCAGAGGUGGUGUGUGUUACCUCCCAGUGGUCUGUGGUCCUUUCCCAGUGCUGAAAAAUGAGUCUAAGCACCAGUGAGCUGGAAGACCUGUGGGAGUCGUUGGGGGACCUCAACUUCUCAGAUGCCUUUAGCAACAUAUCCAGUGUGAAUACAAUGGUGUGUGCCACGGCUUUCAACCGCAACGCUCUGCUCUACUCCAUGUGUGUCCUCUACACUUUUAUCUUCAUCGUCGGUGUGGCUGCUAACGCUCUGGUCCUCUGGGUGAACAUCCGUGCACAAAGAGACUCCACCCCUCGCCAUGAAACACACAUGUACAUCGCACACCUGGCAGUCGCAGACCUGUGUGUGUGUGCCACCCUGCCCGUGUGGGUGAGCUCACUGGCUCUGCAUGGCCACUGGCCCUUCGGUGAGGUGGCGUGUAAACUCACGCACCUGCUGUUCUCCGUCAACCUCUUCGGCAGCAUUUUCUUCCUGGCCUGCAUGAGCGUGGACCGCUACCUGAGCGUGAAGAAGCAUGGAGACAACGAGGGAGGAGCGCGCAGGAAGCUAGUCCGCCGCGCAGCGUGCGUAGGGGUGUGGCUUCUGGCUCUGGUUGCCUCCCUGCCAGACACCUACUUCCUGCGUACCGUGAAGUCAACACAUGGGGACACCAUGCUGUGCAGGCCUGUGUACCCAGAGGAAAACCCCAGGGAGUGGAUGGUGGGCGUGCAGCUGAGCUUCAUCCUGCUGGGCUUUGUUCUCCCCUUCCCCGUCAUUGCAGUGUUUUACGCACUGCUAGCCAGAGCAUUCACCCGCUCCUCUUCUUCUUCACCGUCUUCCACAGUGGAGCAGGAGCGUCGUGUGAGCCGCAGGGUGAUCCUGGCAUACAUUGUAGUGUUUCUGGGCUGCUGGGGGCCCUACCACGGCGUCCUCCUAGUUGAUGCUCUGUCUCAGCUGGGCCUGGUGCCUCUGACCUGUGGCCUGGAGAAUGUGAUCUACGUGGCCUUACACCUCACCCAGUGCCUGUCCUUGCUCCACUGCUGUUUCAACCCCAUUCUCUACAACUUCAUCAACAGAAACUACCGCUAUGACCUCAUGAAGGCCUUCAUCUUUAAAUACUCCACGAGAACGGGCUUGGCACGCCUCAUCGAGGCUUCCAACAUGUCUGAGACUGAGUACUCUGCCGUAGCUGUAGAAAACCCGCCACAGAUCUGAAACAUGCCAAACUUAAAAUAGCAUUGUUUGAACACUGUUUCUAUAUCUGAAUGGCUAUAAUGCAAUAUAAACAUAUAAACAUAUGUUACAACUGAUUUUUUUCUAAUCAGAAUCUGCCCACACACAGCAUUCUUUGUACAGAAACAUGCUUGACUAAUACAACGUUGAUGGACAAAUUUAAAAGCACUUAGAAAGCAGUUUUAUUAUUUUAUUAUCAGCUGAUACUGAACUCAAGUGAAUAUUGUCAUUCAUAUGUAAAGUCAAAACAGUAGCUGUAAAUGUGUAAAAUCAUUGUGUUGUGUAUUACUAUGUAUGUGGGACUGUGUAUUGUAGGACUGUGCUGUAUGUGUGUGCGUGUUUGUGUGUAUGGUGUGCAAUGAAAUAUUGUUAAUCUUUUUUAAAUCAAUUUGUAUUUAUAUCCUGUACAUAUGAACUGUUUUGCCUCUUUCAUGUUGUAAAUCAUAGUCUUCACACACUGAUGUCUGCUCAGUGCUCCACGUCAUACAAUGCUGCUUCAUCAUUUUAGUCGAGCCACUGACUGGCUCAGUGUUUUAGUCCUGCUGUCUCAUUGUAAACCAUGACCUCAUGUCACAUCAGUUGAACCCUUCAGACAAAUAAUUUAAAUACAUCUUUAGUCUUUCUUGUAAGGUUGGUAAAUUAUCUAAAAAGUGUGUUUUCUGUGUUGCAUAAUAAUAAUUUUGCUCAGAGUUAGAUACGACUCUCAUGUCUGUACACUAAAGAUAAGAAGAUACGAGUAGCUGCUGAUAAGCUUAGCUUAGUAUAAGAACUGGAAACAGGGGGGGAAAUCUGCUUUGCAGCACCUCCAAAACUCACGAAUGAACACUUUAUAUGUAUAUGUUUAAUCCGUACAAAUCCGUUUUUUGGGUGGAUUAUGUGUAAUUAUUUCCUGGCUGGACGCAGUGACUUUUUGUUGUCUUCCAGUCUUUGUGCCAAGCUAAGAUAAGAUAAUCACAUGUUGGCUUCAGUUUCCUAUUUAGCGUACAGACAUGAGAGUGGCACUGUAUCAACCUUCUCAUACCGUAACUCUCUACAAGAAAGCAAAUAAGCAUACAUUCAAACUGUUCCUUUAAAGAAAGCCGAGGUGUUGUGCUUACAAAUGAUUAACAUCAUCCACAUGGCAAAUGAUUUACUUUGCAGUUGUCUUUUUUUUAUAUUUCCAAACAUUGUCUGGAGGCGUCAACUGGGACUACUGAUCUUAAAGAGGAGAUAGAUCCUGUGUCUUCUGAAACCUACAGAAUUGCAUAAUAUACUAUACUGUUGCUACACUUUACAUUUUAAAUAUGUUACAGUGCUAAUAGUGGAAAGGAUACACAUGUUCAUGUGGUAUAAAUCCUCCUAAAUCAGCACACAGGCCACAGACGGCAAAAGGUUUUAUGACUAAAUAACAUGAAUGAAUAGCUUCACUACUUUCAUGUAAGCAGCAGUUGUGGUGUGUAACAGCCAAGCAAAAAAAACAUAAUUGCAUUACUUUGGUGUGUGUGUGUGUGUGUGUGUGUGUGUGUGUGUGUGUGAGUGUGUGUGGUGUGUGUGUGUGUGUGGGGCCAAAGCUUGACACCCAGAAAUGACACUUUAUGUGUCAUAAACAUUGAGUUAUACAGUUUACUCACUGUCUGUUGUAGGAAGCGACAUAUUAUUUUGAUACGCUGACAAAGAGCACAUUGAGUGAUUGGUUGCACAUGAAUGUUUUUACACUGAAAAUAUUUCAUGGUGUGAUCAAAAAAGACUGGGGACACGAACAUGUGUCUACAAGAACAGAGGCAUUCCUUUGGUGUUGUAAUGUGCAACAUGUGUUUUGUUAUAUAUUAAAUUCUUGGAAAAAUG